CCCCCUAUCCCCCCCUAUUCGCUUUUAAAGGUUUAUACAGUGGAUAUUAGUAUUUCCCUCCGUAGGGGGCGCAUUUAACCCCUCAUUGGUCUGCUUUUUCACGUUUUUCUUCUUCUUCUUCCUCUCUGCCUGCCUGACAUUUCCCACCCCGCAGCUGCAUAGUUUCAUCCCAGAUGCACGUCCCAGCAAUGAAGUUAUGUACGUGGGGCGUGCUUUAAUUUCGUUAUGCCUAGUGAUUUCCAGAGCCAGGCUUUAAAAUGGCGGCAUUCAUUCUACACCCAUGCUAAAGCCUCACCCAGCACUCUUGUCUGUCUCGCUUAGUGCUGCUUCUGCUUUUUGUUUUUUUCCCCCCCACCAUAUGGCAUUGUGCAGCUGAGGGUCGGGUCUUCUGGGGGUUGCUGGAUCAGCAGAGAAGCAUAAGGUUGCUGAAACGUGCCUUUUUUUCCGAAGCUAACGCUGCUUGGAUUUCUGUCUAGUGCUGCCUCUCUCUUUUCCCCCCUUUUUUUUUCUUUUUUUGUGUUUUUUUUUUUUUUCCUUUUAUUUUUUUUUUUAUUUGCCGUUGCUUGCAGGCCAAAUUCAUACGGCAUUUAGUCUACUCUUCAAUUUUUCAGCACUCAAAAAAAUAUAUAGAGAUAUAUAUAUAUAUAUAUAUAUAUAUAUAAAAUUUUCAAUCCGCUGCACGCCUGUGCCCAUCCUUACCACCAUUUUAUUCAGCAAAAAACUAAGGAAAAAACGGAAAUUUUGACAAUAGCUGAAGCGACUUCACAACCAUAACUGCAACCAUUACGUUGAGAGCACAGAAUUGUUUUCAAGGUUUGCAUAGGCUACUUAACCCUUUCCCCACCCGCAAGUCCAGAAGUGGCAUAAAGCCGACACAUUCAGACUUUGACAUUUGCACUUUUAAAGAGCUGGCCUCUAGUUAGAUUUAUUUUUAUUUUCAAUUUAUCUGAUAAAACUUCUAUUUUAUGGUUGGAUUUUUAUGUUUUAUUCGUGUCUCUAAAACAGAUACAAAUUGACUUUAAGAAAUAAAAAGAAGAAAAAUAAAAAAAAAGAAGAAAAAAAUAAACCUUAAGUGCUGACAGUUUUUUUUAACCAAAGUGAUAAAAUAGUUCUUUUAUUCAUUUAAACUUGAAUUCCACUUUCCCCCAUCCCCUUGUGAUAAGAAGACGAUUGUAGUACGGACGUAGGUGUUUGCUUAGGCCUGGACAUCCUGUCUUUAAUAUGGCUGUGAACGUUUCCUUGAUGCGUGACACAAAAUGGCUGACGCUGGAAGUAUGUCGUGAAUUCCAGAGGGGCACUUGUUCAAGGUCUGAUGCAGAGUGCAAGUUUGCACAUCCGUCACGGAGUUGCCAUGUGGAAAACGGGAGAGUUAUUGCCUGCUUUGAUUCAUUGAAGGGUCGGUGUACGAGAGAAAACUGUAAAUAUCUGCAUCCUCCCCCGCACUUAAAAACCCAGCUAGAAAUUAAUGGACGGAAUAACCUAAUACAGCAAAAGACAGCAGCCGCAAUGCUUGCACAGCAGAUGCAGUUCAUGCUCCCCGGCACCCAACUACAGCCAAUCCAAUUUGCAUUACAUGAUAUGCAUAAUGAGAGUUCAGAUGCUAGGACCUCUGGGAUCCACACCUAUCUUGAAAACGAAGACCCCCCCCCUUCUGCCGCCCCAUCCAACCGGCUUACUUCCUGGCAGUUUUACGCACCUUGGGGGAAAUUUAUCAACAUGACCACAUUCCCUGUGACUCCAUCACUUGCAACAAGCCCAUCCAUGGCUUUUAGUCCCUACUUGAGUCAUGUCUCCCCAGGCAUGGGUCUUGUUCCUGCAGAGCUUCUACCAAAUACCCCUGUCCUGGUUUCUGGAAAUCCAGCUGUUACAGUACCUGGUGGCUCUGCUGGUCAGAAACUGGUGCGCACAGACAAACUGGAGGUUUGCAGAGAAUUCCAGCGUGGUAACUGCACCCGCGGUGAGAACGACUGUCGCUACGCGCAUCCGAUAGAUAUUGCCAUGAUUGACACCAAUGAGAACACUGUAACUGUUUGCAUGGAUUACAUCAAAGGCCGAUGCUCUAGGGAGAAAUGCAAGUACUUUCACCCCCCGGCACACCUGCAAGCCAAAAUAAAGGCAGCUCAGCACCAGGUGAACCAAACAACCGCAGCUGCUAUGACUCAGCCAGCUGUCACAUCACUGAAGCGUCCCCUCAAGGCCACCCUUGACCUGGCGCUGCAGCCUGGAGCACUUCAACCUUUACCAAAGAGGCCAGCACUUGAAAAAAGCAAUGGGGCCACCACGGUGUUCAACCCCAGUGUUUUCCACUACCAACAGGCUCUAGCAAAUAUGCAGUUACAGCAACCUGCAUUCAUCCCAACAGUAGGCCAUGUUGAAAUUCUGAACCGCAGAAUUGUGGAGUACCAGAAUUUAUCCGUGGGAAGUUACACAUGGCCUUUCUGUAAAUAUCCAUUACUGGCAUCCUCUACCACCAUGACAGUAAGCCUGCUGCAGUCUACAUGUUAACCAAAAAAAAAAGAGAAAAAAAAUAUGGGAAUGUCUGAAAACAGCACUAUGGAAAAAAAUACAUUAAAGUCAACCUUGCUCUCUGAAAGCGGUUAUACACGUAGGAUACUAUACUAGACUUUUGUAACACAUUUACUUUUAACACAUGUAAUCAUUCUGCGUGUACCAUGUUAGAUGAGUGCACCAUGCGGAAGCUUGUUUUGCUGCAUAUUAUUGGUGGAUUCACAUUUUAAAGUGUUAUCUUAACUGUUUUGUUUACAUUGUAGUCGAUUUUUGUUUUUCAUUUUUAUGUGUGUAUCAUUAUCAUAAGUAUACUCAAGACCAUCUUUUGCAUUGUGAUUAAUUAUUACAUGCAUCGUUGUUUUGUCAUAUUCUUAGUAUUAUGCCAAACAGGGACAAAGUGGUUCUGAAAGAAGGUCUAAAUAUUCCUUAAAAAAUGGGUACCAAAUAUUGUAUUCUCAAUUUUCAACCAAUAUUGUUAAUUCCUUUGUCCAAAACCAAAAAAUUACAGGAGUAUACGGUGCUUCCAAAGACGCACUGCCAUCUAAAAAGCGUCCUCAUUCAGGAAAUAUCACCGACUAUUUAAACCAAUGAAUAAUUUUUAAUUAUUUAAAAUAAGAAACUUGAGGUUUUAAGAAAUGUAACUUAAAAAGGUUUACUGCAUUCAAUAAUGUAUGCACCUUCCUGCAACUUUUACUUAAUGCAUUGUUUUAUGUCUCUGACUAACAUACAGUCCUGUUAUAUUAGCCAACUAUUUAAAUAUUGUUCGCACCCAAAUUAUACAUCUCAAUGCCACAGCAAGGUGACAUGUUCAAGCUUCUUCUGCUUCAAGUUGGCCUUCUGCCUGAAAAUAUUUACCCUUCAUUAUUCCCGUUGGGGUUUCAUCUCUAGAUGCAGCCAACGAUACACAAUAAAUUGCUAUGAUCAGGUCCUCCUUAUUCUGCCACGGUAAUCUAAUGUGUUUAGGGGGGACACCAGCCACAUGGCAUCUGUCAUGUUAUUGUUUUAUUUCAAGUGGCCAUUAACUCUACCUGCUUCCAUCGCAAUUGAUUUGUAUGUUCGACUGAACCGAAGGUUGAUGCUUAUGGAAGUUCCUUGCUGUUAAAUGCCGUCUGGGGCUAAGCAAGUGAAAAACAAACAUAUCCUCAAAGUUUAGAAGGAGUCAGAAAUAAAAAAUAAUGCAUUAUACAGUAGCAGUAAGGGCAGAAAAAUAAACUUAAAGGAGAUAUCCAGUGGUGAAAAAUGUAUCCCCUAUCCUAAGGAUAGGGGAUAAGUUUCAGACCGCUGAGGCCCUCUGCGAUCUCCUGUAUGGGGCCCCGACAUCCCGCAGGAAGGGGGCAUGUUGACCACCACACGAAGCGGCGGCUGACACGCCCCCUCAAUACAAGUCUAUGGCAGAGCCGGAGCGCUGCCUUCGGCAAUCUCCGGCUCUGCCAUAGCGAUGUAUUGAGGGGGCGUGUUGGCCGCCGCUUCGUACUGUGGUCAACACAUGCUAUCUGCCCAGCGAGCCGAGGCCCCGUACAGAGAGAUCGCGGGGGGGCCCCAGCGGUCGGACCCCCCGCGAUCUGAAACUUUCCCCUAUCCUUAGGAUAGGGGAUAAGUUUUUCACCACUGGAUAUCUCCUUUAAGCCAAUUCUGAGUAGAAACCUUUACCUUCUUUAAAGGCAUCAACACUGAAUAAGCCUGCAUGUGAUAUUAACAAUUUUACCUAUAUGUGGUGAUAUUACCUUACAGAAAAUAGAUUUAGCUGUAUGCAUUCAUCCCAGUACUUAAAUAUUUCUAUCUGUAAUAUUUUGUUGUGACUGUGUCUUAGCCCACUAGCACAGUCAGUUUAGCACUUAUUAUUUAUAGCCCUCACCCUUAGGUGUGGAAAAAGAGUGGGCAAGCCUAUCAAACUAAACUGUUGUCAAUGUCGUACGGACAGGUAGAAUAAUUAUGUACCUUGGCUUUUGUACAUAUGAGCAUGGGCCUGGUCCAACCAUAUCUGAAAGUCCAGCUGACCUAUAAUGGUGAGAGAACAAUCGUUUAUGAUAUAGCUUUAAGAAACGGGGGUUACAAAAACAGACGAGUUGCACUUGAUUUUUGAGCAGUGGAUCUCUAACCACUUUGGUUCCUGUUUUCCAGAAUACUGCCACAAUUAAUGUAAUAUGUGGACUAACAUGAGUGUUUUUAAUUUUUAUUUUUUUUUCUGUUGAAAACAAUUUGCGUUACCUGAAUGAAUUUUGCACAGUGCGUGCCAGUGCCUCAAUGGUGAGAGAUGUGACUGAACCAGAUCUGAUAUAUUCACAUGGUAUAUGGCUUUAUGGAUUUAAAAGUAAUGAUGGAACUUUCAGUGCUAAAUAGUUUCUUUCUUUCUUUUUUUAUUUUGUAUAUUCUGACACCUUAUUGUAAUCCUUUUUUUAUGUAUAAAUAUAUACAUAUAUUUUUAAACAUCUGAGAGAUGUAUAUAGAAUGUAAACAUAGGGGGUUUAUUCUUAAAAUCCUUUCGAGGGUCCUUUUAACCACCUGCAGUGAAUGGUAGAAUUUGAUUGUUAAAGGUUCAUUGAUCUUUUUGCUUAGUGAACAAACGGCUUCAAUAGCUAAUAUUUGUAAUCUGCUAUCACCCCUUUUUUAACAUUUAGCCUCCCAAAACUGUCAUCAACAUUUGGUUUCCAGUAUUAUCUAUUACAACCUGUUGUAAAAUGUUUAAUCUUGCAUCUUAGAUAAAUGCCUUUAAUUUAAAGGGGUAUUCCCAUCUCCAAAUGUUAUGCCCUAGCAACAGGAUAUUACAAGCUGAUUGAUGCUGAUCCUGAUUGAUUCUCAUAGAGAAUAAAUAGAACACCGAGCAUGAACAUGCAAUAUGCUUAAGUAGACAUCUCAGAAAUUGGACCCCCCACCCCCACCCCAUUGAUCAGUUUGAUAUCCCCUAUACUUUGGACAGGGGAUAACGUUUACAGAUUAGAAUACCUCCUUAAAUCAUAAUAUGUAAAAGCCAUAUUUGAAAUCUUGUAUCAAAUAUAUCAGUGUGAUAAGAACAUGCACCAUAGUUUACAAUAUCAAUAAUACUGAACCAUUAACCCAAACGCCAAUCCGCCAUGCAAAGGUAUCAACUGUAGGCCAGUUGCAUGCAUCGAAAUAAUGGCAUAUAGGUUAUUGCUGGUAGAAAUUACAAUUCACCCAUUGUAUGACAUUGCCAUCAAUAGAUUCCUUUAGUCACUCCAACUAAUGAUUGUAGUUAUAGGUUUGACAACAUGGCGCAAUCCACUAUAAUGUUGUAUAAUAGUUUGAGGCCAAUUAUUUUUUUUUGUUCCAUGAUACACAAUAAUGGCUAUUAUGCCACUUUCGAAAACUUUAAGGGGGUUACACACUUUUGUCCAUUUUCACCCUCAUUGAAUAAGUCUAACAUGUGCCAACCAUAUGGCUGCAGUGGAGACCCUGGAAAUUGUAAUCCACUUUACAAUUGGGUAGUUACUAGUCCUGGACAGAGCUUCAUCUCCAGAAAAACACCAGAACCUUCUAACAUGGUUGGUACGACCUAUCACCAUAGCAGGUCACCCUAUUUUCCAUAUAUUGAACUGUUUUGCAUCGCAGGUAUCUCAGUACUUUCCUAGAAAAAAUUAUAUUCUAUAUGAAGAUCCAUACAUAACUAUGUAGAAUGCAUGCAAGGAAGACAAGAUUGACAACCUUGGCUAUGAGGGUGUAAGCGGCCAACAGUAAAUAACCUUUUUAAAUGAUGUUACAUUAUUGUACUAGGACUGAGAUGAUGGGUAAAGGUUAACAUAGUUGUAAAGAUUAAUAAGAUUGUUCAUGAUAUAAACAAUCCAAUAAUCAUUAACCACAGAGAUGUUCAUCCAUCCACCAUACAACUUUUCUGCUACAAUUGCACUACCAGUUGAUUUUUUGCUAGAACAAGAUUUUGAUUUUUUUUCCCAAAUAAUAGCAUGGAACACAUCUGGAGAUUGUUACUUUAGCAGCCAAAUCACAAUCUGCAAAAUAAUCUAUACAUCUAUGGCCACCUUUGGCCUACAAUCCUAUAUAGUUAUUUCAAUGAAGGACAUUUCAAAAAUAAAUACUAGAUACAUUGGUCUAAAGUAAAAUCACUUAUACAUUGUAGAACAAUAUGAAGAAAGUUAUUAUUAUUAUUUUAUUUUUAUUUUUUAUCCUCAAAUUGGUAAAAGUACAAUUGUAAAAACUGAAAUGCCAUUGUUCACCUAAAAAAGGUAAAAUGUUUUCCUUGGCCAAUACCUAAAGGGGUUCUCCACUUUGGACAAUGCUUUUUUGUUAGAAGUUUUCCUGUGCAAUAAGCAGGUCACCGGAUGUCCUUCAACUAAAACUACCAACGUUCAUAAAUCUUCUGUAAGGAGACCCGGUAGCAAAGACACUCUGUAAAGCUACAGCUCACUUUGGCUGACAGAUGAAGGCCCUCCAAUAGGGUAUUUGAAAAUGGAUUUUCCAAACCAGUGAACCCUUUUAAGAAUGAGUUAUAUUUACAAAUAAGAUAAUUCUUGUUCUAUAGGUCUCUCUAAAUGUAUAAUAUUGCGGUAGCACUAAAAUAUGUGUUGUGCAAUGGCUCACUUCUGUGUUCUUAGAAAAAAAUGUCAGCAGACUCUAAAUGUCCUAAAAAUGCCCCCCCCCCCUUUUUUCUUUUUAUAGUCGCUCACUAUUAGUGACUCUAAACAAACUCAUAGGUUUUAAUACAGAGCAAGGAAAUAAAAACCCCAAUGUUUCCCAUCACCUCCAAAUAAGGCAGGCAGCCAUUUUUGGGGUCUAAAAGAAUAAACCUUGACAAUUGAGUGUGUGAGUUCAUUAAGAACUAGUAACAUCACUGGAGUGCCUUAUUUCUCAGUGUUGUCACCCGUUCCUAGUGAUGUGAUGUGGUGAUGUGCUUUUUUUUUUAUGUUGUUUUAGACUACAAAAUGGCCGCCUACACUAUGAGGAGAUGACAGGGUUCUCUAUAAAAACCUAUGUUCUAUGUUUUUCUUUUCCUUUUAUUUAUCCAAAGCUAUUUCUGUUAGUCCAUUUCAAUCAGCCUUAUGCAAAUAAUAUGCAACAAUGCUGAAACUUGGAUGUAACGGGUCUAUAGGAGGGAAAGUUUUAUAUGCUUAACGUGUUAGGCUCUUAAACAUUAGAUUCUUUCUUUUGAAUGAUAAUGUAGGUAGAUGUAAGGGAGUGAAUGAAAAAAAAUAUAUAUAAAAUAAAAAAAAAAUAAGUACAGUGUUUUUUAUUUGUGAAAUAUGAUUUCAUAAUCAGCCAUGUUAUUCAUUUUUUUUAGUUUGUAAAUUGAUUUUUACUUGCACCAAUAUUUUAGUAUAGACGUUAAGAAAAAAAUAUACUAGUGUAAAGACAAAAUAAGAAACUGGAGUCUUUAAAAAAAAUUCCUUACUAAUUUUUUUUUCUAGGAUUUAUAAAAUGUUAAUAGUGAACUUGCGGGAUAAUUUCAGUUUUCUUUCUAAGGGGUUUUUAGCGUGUUCUGCGCUUUGUUUUUGAAGUGUUAUAUAAUAUAUAUUUUGGUUUCCUGGAUUUUUGUUUCUGUUAUUACAGUUACAAUUUAGUCCGUUGAUAUGACUGACUUUUCUGUCUUAAUCAUGUGAUGUCUUAAAGGGAUCACAGUAAUAACUUCUAUUGAUAAAUGUAUCCAACUCAUUUGUAAAGUUCUUUUUUUGCAGUCACUUAAUAGGAUGCACUUGGUUAUUACCUCAAUGUUACAUGUGAGCAGGAGUUGUCCUCCAAAAUUCAGAUUCUAUUGUCAAUCAAUUUAUGACCCUUGCCCAUUGCAUUUAUUCAGCUUUAUACAUUAUAGUGUAUAAAUAAAGCUGUUCAUACUUAUACCAUACCAUUACCCCCCCCCCCCCCCCCAUUUACACCUCAUCCCACAUUAAUAUGCCAUUAGCCAAUAUGUUCAUGCUCCUCCUUAUAAAUCAGCACUCUUGGCACUGCUGACUGGGGAAGGAGAACACAUGUAGCCAUUUAGGAACUGAAACAAGUCCGAUCUCAACCCUCCACCUACUCAUAAUAUCCAAUAAUUAUUUUUGCACUACUUUCUUAAAAUACACUGUAUCACAUUUUAAGGCAUAAUUUCAAUCUCUUCAGUCUUUUCAUUACUAAAAAAUGAUCUAAAGAGACAUAUAGACAAUGUUAAACCAUCACAAUGAAUUGCAGACGUAAAGUCCCAAUGCACAAGAUAAUCAAGAUCAUUUUGCUGUGUAUGGAGGCCUCUUGACUCUCCACCAACAGAUAAUAUCAAGGAGAGAAGGAUUAGGGAUGUUUCAACAACCUGAUGCUUUUUGUUUUAAAGGAGAUAAACCACCAUGAGAGUUGUCUGAUAGGAAAUAAACUCCCAUUCACAACACGAGAACUUUCAGCUGAUCUGAACAUUCACGUGUAUGGGGAAAAGUUAGCUAUGAAUCAAAUGAAAGUUUGGAUGGGCACCUUAAUGGCGACCAUACAAAGAGUGGUGGGAUCGGCCAAUCAUUUAGAUUUUAUCUAGAUUUUUGGAUUCCUAUAGGAAAAUUGUCAGCUACUUCUCACCAUUGAAAUAAACAUGCAUGUUAGAGGACAUAUCUGUUCUUCAAUAGAAAAUAAGAUGACAGCUAUAUAUGUCCAAUUUAGCAAAAGAAAAUUAUAAGCCUUUUAUCCCAUUCAUUUUAUUGGUACCCAUCAAUGAUUUCAUGGCCCUUCUGAAUAUGGAAAUAAUCUGCUUUUGAAAGUCUUUUGAAGUUGUGCACUACUAAAUUGAAUUAAUUUAAAAAAGUUUUGGUCUUUUUGAUCAGUUCCAUGUCCGGCCCAAGAGUACUAACGUGCCACUCACUAGGAAGCCUCGAAUCACCUUAUAUCUUCCUAAUGCUAGACAAGUCAGUGUUUCCAAACAAUAGUACAUAAACCCUCAAGGAAACCAAGAGAUAUUUUAAAAACAUUAAAAACAAAAGCCCAUGACAUCCAGCACGAUAUAUGGGAGAGAAAUCUAUUUAUAGAGUUGCUUUAUCAGUUGAAAGAUGGCGUCGUUACAGUCUGCGUUCACUUUAAAAUUUUCAAAUAAGCUGUACCCUUACAUCGGCGCAGGCUGUGGCGGCCAUGUCGUAAAACUUCUAUGAUUUCAGUGUAAAUAUACAAACAUAUUAAGUAUACAAAUACAUUACUGUUGGUCAUUAAACAUAACCAAUCAUAGCACAUACAUUCUCAAAAAAUUUCUAUUUCAUCAUAUUUAGCUUGAGAUAUUUUAGUAACUAAUAAAUUUUGAAGGAGAGACUUUAGGUGACAUUUUAAUACAUAUAUACCAUAAUUUACUUAGUUCUAGUACUACAGUCUCCAUAAUGAAGCAUGAUGAAGAUUAUAUUUGCUUUAUAGCAUCAUAUACAGAAUACAAGAAUAUUUGGAUGUAAAUGCCUACAAUGAUAGAUUCAUUGUUGUGUUAUUUUAUUAAGUUGCAAUGGCAACAAAAGACUACAACAUGGCUACCUUCUGUACACAUUGUAAAAUUUUCACAUGUAAAAUACGGACAGUGUAUUAGUAUGAGCUUGUUAAUAAUACAGUUCAUCACCAUCAAAGAAACUAUUUACUUUACAAAUCCAGUUCCAUCUGCAAGUUUGUGCCACUGUAGACCUAGGCAUCUGUAUAACCAGCUUUUUCUGAAUAUUUGAUACACCCUGUACCCGAAUUGAAGAUCCCAAUAUGCCUUAGUGAUCAACAGCCAGCAUUGUGACUUUUUUCAUCUCCUGAAGGCUGCAAUGGAUAGUUCCACAAUGGGGUUCCCCAUUUCCCAUGAUAAUAGAAGGAAACAAUUCAAUCUUUUUGGGUGGAACAUAAAGGAACUGUCUACUUUGGACAACUGUUCUCUAAGUUUUCUGUGAUUGGAGUCUGAAGUUGUUGAAGAGGAAUCUUAAAUUAAAGGGAACCAAUCAUCAGAUUUUACCCUAUAUAAUGCUUUUGCAAAGCGUUUUAUAGGGUAAAAUCUUUAUCCUCACCAUCCCCGGUGGACGCUCCUGCCCCCAGGGAUGGUAACUUAUCAACUAGUCCCCGCUUUGCCAGUAAGUAGUCCCUUCUCCUGUCACCUAGUCCCGUGUCUUCGGCCAGCAGCAACGCCCCCUCCGCUUGAUUGACAGGCCAUGUCAACGCUCUGCUCCAUCUGUUCAGUGAGCAGAGCGAUAAUGCGGCCCAUCAAUCAAGCCGAGGGGGCCUCGCUGCUGGCGGAAGACACAGGACUAGAUUAGAGGAGCUCCCCGCCCAGGGGACGGCGGGGACUAGUUUAUAAAUUCAUAUCCUCACCAUCCCCACAGGUAGGAAUGUCUCCUGGGGGUGGUGAGGAUAAAGAUGUUACCCUAUGUAUAAUCUGAUGAUUGGUUCCGUUUAAACUUAAGUGAUAGUCAGAUUUGUCACCAAUGAUCAGAAGAUACUUGUUUUCAGACACCAUGAUGAAAAUCAAAUCCAAUUUUCUUUGGGAAUUGAAUCAAAGUAAUUCCACCAAUAGUAGAUAGAAUGAUGGUGGAUUAUUGGAAAACCCCAUUAUCUACCAUUUCAGGGGCAGAUUCCCAGCCCAUGUGUGAUUUUUGGCCUUAAAGGGGUACUCUGCCCCUAGACAUCUUA